UUUCCUCAAACUCGAGGAUCCUAAACUUUGCGAGAACGAUAAAUCUCGAUGGCUCGAGUCGCGCAUCGACCGCGGAGGAACGAUAACGGAUCGUUCCAUCGUUCUCUCGAUCUCGGCUGGCUCGAAAAAUUGCGCGCGUCCACGUACGUGGCAAAGCGUGAAUGAAAGAGCAGAUCCCCGGAGAAGGAGCGGGACGACGCUCGUCCUCUUUCUAACGCAAAUGGUCGAUGGAAGGAGAACCGUUAUUUCUAGGUUUACGAGCGUACAUGCCAGGACUUGGCGGCGAUGCGAGGUCGCCGACGAGGAUACGAAUCGGUCAGGAGAAAGACCCUUGUGCUUGCGCGAGGACGCGAACGAUGGCAACUUUCGUUCACGUCGAUGGAAAAGGUGAAAAUUGACCAACGCCUGCAAAUCCGUAUCCAUCUGUAACUUGCCAUACCCCUGGAUUCGUUUUAUUUCGAUCGAGUCAACGGUACGCGGAGCGAAACGAGGUCUAGAGAGGCGCGCCGUACCGGUUGCCAGGGAUCGAGCUCAUUGUCAGAGAAACUUUCGCGCUUUCCGUGCCUACGCAUGCUUCGCGUUCUUGCGCGUUACGUAAGGAUCGAUUUCGUUCGUAUCGCCUUUUCUCUCUUUCUUUUUCUUGUCAACAUCGCUUUUAUCAUCCCCAUAAACGUUCGUCCUUCGAGAUUCGCCGUCGAAUCGUAGACGCUGCGAGAAAGUACGUACACGUCGAUGCGUCCCACUAGUUUUUAUUUUCAAACGGCAGUAGUAAUAAAAGUUAUCGUCGUCGUCGUCGUGAUGCAGAAUCGUGUCCAACGAUCGAUAAAACCCUUUAUGGAGCACGACUCGAGAUAAGGAAGGUUUACAAGUACCGUCGCGUUUCGCUCGCGUCUCCAUUCGUGCGAUAUAUUUGUUUGGAGAACCGUCGAGGGAAAAAGGAGCGAGAGGAUCGGUAUGCGUAUCAAUAUUUUCUGGAGCGGUCUGACGAUGCUCGCUACGAUCGCGGCCUUCUGGGAGACGGGGAAUCUCGCGACGGCCGUAUCUCUGCCGAUCGGAGACUCCAGUCGCGACGUUUACAUCAUCCUCCGUCCACGAAAGAAAAAGAAGUUUCGCAUCGUCAAAAUCAGGCCACGAAAAGCACUGCUCCACGAGAUUUAUCUGCCCUUAUAAGCGUUUCCUCGUCCGCUCCAGAAAGGAUCGACGCGCGGGGAGAGUGACGGAAUCGCCGCGUCUCCCUUUUCUCUUCUUUUUCCUCACUUUGGAAUUACGUUGCCGUUGCUGAAAGUGUCACGGACUCGACGUCGGAAUAUCUGCCAAAAAAUAUCCGGAUACGAAGGCGGAAAGAAAAAUCGUAUCGUCGAAGAGCCGAACGCGAAUCGAUCCGUCCUACCUGCGUUCUACGAAACACGAAUAUCGACCGAGGGAAAAGGAAUUCGAUCGCGCGCUCGUCCGCGACCGCAAUCGCUCCGUUUACCAGGUGGGAGAGGAGGAAGAGAGAAGCGGACCACGGACGCGUCUGGAGGAUGACUUUGGAGAACGAGGAGAGAAACAUUUUUCGUCGAAUACAGGAAGAGAGAGACCAGUCUUCUUUUUUACCUUUUAUAUUCUUUUUUACCCGUGGAAUCCUCCUAGAUUAUAAUCGUCGAUACGAGCGUGCAUGCGUAUACCUAUACGCGGGAAGGCAACGUCUUACCUUGACCCAGCACUUCCGGCUUUCGCCUCGCGCAACUGGCUUUGCGUAAGCUGCUUGCCGCGAUGCGUUUUAUGUCUCUCUCUCUCUCUCUCUCGUCAGGUGCGCGUACACAAACAAACGCAUCCGAUGCGCUUACUCGCCUACUUUUAUCGCCCAUCUCGUUAAAAUUAUAUCACAACGCGUCGUAAGAGCGCUCGAGACGGGGAUCGGCUCGUGAUCUAAAAACGAGAAAGCGAGACCGCCGAAUCGAUACGAUAAAACCAACUCCCGUUCGCGCUGUAUCCUUCGAGAAUUCGAGGUCGCAACGUUGAGACGCAAAUUUCAUCCUUCCGUACGGUCGCCGAUAACAUCGGUCGCGUUGCAAACUCGUCGCGCGACGAGCGGGACAGGGAGAGAGAGAGAGAGAGAAACCCUCCGCUUCGAUCCGGUCGGACGUGUUGCGAAACAGGUGCGAAUUUCCGGUCGGAUAUUUAUUAAUUUCCGGUCUUUGCGAUCCGCCCUCGUUUCCGCGUAGUAAUUAAAUCUCUGCCAAAUUUACGUCGCGCGGACCGAGAGCCGGAGGGAAACGAUUCGUUUUUCUUUUUUUUUUUCUUCUUUCUAAACGACCGACGAAAACGAACCUCCUUCCCUCUUUAUCCCUCCUAUUUACCGCCAACGAACGGACUCGGCGAAUGAUAUUCGUAAUACCAUUCGAUCCCGCAAACGGAACGUUUCUUCGUUGGGGCUGGAUCCUCCUUUUUUAUUUACUUUUUAUCUUUAUUUUCGGUACGAGCUUUGAUCGUAGCCUUUGACGAAAGAACGAAUCGUACGCUCUCGAUAGCGGAGAGGAACGUUUCGUGGUGAUGCGUUGGUGGAUUUUUCUCUCUGGCAGAUGGAACCAUAAGUCGCGUGUCAUCUUACGUACGUCGAUCGUACGAUUUCCGCGCGCAACCUUAAGGUUUCUCGUGGAAACCUUGCUACGCCCUACGAAAGAACGGCGACCGGGGUCUCUUCUCUCUCUCUCCCCUCCUCUUUAAUUCCUUACCUUCCUCGUUUAAUUCCCAAACGGUAAAACGCUCGGCCGCGAUAUCGCGAAAGGUCGAAGACGCGUCUCGCGUGGGAAUUCGUUUUUCCUUGCGGCAACCAUAGAUCUCUACCGCGUACAAUAUCGCUUUUCCGUGUCAGCGACCGAGAGACGUCGAUCUCGAGAACGAAUUCGAACGGGCAUUUUUCUGCGUUUCGAAUACCGACAAAUAUUUUUACGUUUUGCUUUAAAAGCAGAAAGAAAGAUCGGAUUCGUUCAACGUUUCGUUUCUAUGAAAAAACCGAGCAUUUUUUACUUGCCAACUCGUUCCUUUUCUUUUCCUCCCUUCCUCUUUUAAAACUAGAGGGAGAUCGCGUAAAAUACGCUUUUCCCUGGAGGGAAUCGAGUCGGUAGAAAAAUUCCCGCGCGUCUGCCGCCGAGAGAGACGGAUAAAUGGAUAGAUAGACGGAUGGGGAGAGCGAGAGCCCAGCUCGCGAAAUAAAUCGUCGUCCGGAGACAAUUUCGCGUGGCCUAGCCGAGGAGUUUUCUGCUGCGAAACGGCGAGUACUUCCGACCGUGUAGACUUUACGAGGACGAGUUUCUUCUUUCACGCAAGAAUUCGAGUACGUACACGGCGCGAUCGCGUGCUCGAAAUUGCCCGUAGGAACGAAAAGCGCCAUGUGGGUGUAUAGUCCUAGCUCGAUACGACGCGCUCCUUCUCAUGCAAACGCCGUCGUUCGCCUCUUUUCGUUUUUCUUUCUCUUUCCGAAAAGAAAUCCAAAUCUCUCCAGGGAUCCUCUUGCGUAUAAAGGCAUUUCGUGGUUCGACCAAACGCGCUCCAACUCUCUUCGACGAUGCGAGAACGAACGCGAUUAGGCACGUCGCUUGGAACAGAAAUCGUCAGAAAAGAAUCGUCGAACAGAAAGAAAGGGCGGAGGAAGGGAGGAAAGAAAGAGAGUCGUCGACGCGAAGACGGACGCCCUUCUCCCCCUAUCGAGUACUCGAAGGUAAGACAAGUCCCUUGGAUCGCAUCCUGGGACAUUCCUCGAUAGGGUCGUCUCCAGCGACGCUCGAAAGCUCGCUCAUCGUCGGCCCGUCUUCUCUCCCUCUCUUCCCUUCUCCGCACUCUCACGGUCCUGUCGGCCGACACGCGUGGCACGAAUAUCUUUUAAAAACGCUUCGGCCGUUUCUCAUCGAGAAGCUCGGACACGUUUCGGACAUGUGCGCGACACACUUGGCUCUCGCCUGGCAAUCCAGACGCAGCGAUCGCUCUCCUUCGACGUUCGCCCUUUGACCUUUCUGCGCCCUUUGCUACGAUUCGACGAAUAUUUCUCCCAACUACAUUUUCUGACAUCGAUAUAUUUUCCGAAUCACGAGUCGGAUUUCUCCGUUCCCGCGUGCAAAGUCGUACGAAACAGCGGGCGGGUAAUUAUCGCAACCUUGUUGUUCGACGAGGUCGGAAAGAAGACAAAGAAAAGAUGGAAAAAGCGUUCGACGAAUCGGAUCGUCGGGGGCUCCUGAAGUUUUUCUCGCGGAAGUCCUUUGUGUCGCGAACGAUGGGAACGAAAGCUCGACGCCACGUCGCGCACCAAAAUAAGAACGUUACAUCUCCCGGACGCAUCGCUCUUACGUUUCGCUUCGUUGGUUUUUUCUCUUUGGACGAUGAUCGACGGCCUCCGAGAAGGAGAGGAGAAGCGGAAAUUUUGGACCGGACGAAUUUUGGCGUCGCUGCCAAAGGAUUCGAGCGAAAAGAGAAAAACGCGCGCACGCGGAUGUGCCGGUUUCCUUCGCCUUUGCAGGAAAGAAAUUUGGGAAAUGGUAUUCGCUCAGGUAGACGUUUCCGACGCUUUCGCUUGGUAUUUACGGUUCGAGAGUUUCAUCCGCAAGAGGUGGGGGAGAGAGGGGAUGGACGACGCGCUCGCGGCUAGCGUCCGACGAUCGAGACGAAGCAUUUUCCGUCGAUCGACAAAUUCCUUGGCGAUUUCCCUUUGGCCAAGGGGAAAUUCGAAACUUGCUCGCUUUCGUUCGCUCUCUCUCUCUCGGCCGGUCGUUGCGCAAGAUCCUGUCGGAGGCGACGAGACGUUUCGCGUAGCGUCACGUUUCACGGUAGACUCGUAAUCGCAUCGUCGAGAUCGUUCGUUUUCGCCAGCUCCCUCGACGAUACUCGAACUUCCGCUUUUAACGGCGAUUAUCACCGAGCGUUGCCGUCGAGCACGGAGGAAAAAGUAGCGGACAACGAGCUAUUACGAUACUUUUACGUUUCACUUGACGCAACGACCCGUAAGGACGACAACGAAUAGGCGAGAUAGUGCGGUCGAUUUUCAUCGAACGUUCAUCGAUCGAGAAGAGACGAUCGCGAGCGCGAGAAAGAAUCUACGUGACCAUCGACAACUCGGAGUACGGUUAAGAGCGUAAGGGCUCGUGUCAUCGGAGACGAGUCCAUGGAGGGGCGCGGGAGAGGGAAGGACGACGCGACGAAAAGAACGCCGUCGACCUAUGCCGUCUUGCGCCGUCGUGCGCGAAGCAGAGAGACGGGGAGAAACGGCGUCGGCGGCGGCGGCGGUGGUGGUGGUGGCCCUGGUCCGGUGGCGGUGGAAGUCACGGUGGUGGGAACGGAUCGGAGCCGAAGCGUUACCGUCUCGUCAGUCGGCCCGGAAACGCGGAGAGUUCGUCCUCGAUGCGCGCGCGCGCGCCUUCCCUCGCGAGGACUUUCUCGACACGUGACUCGUCCUUUUUAUUUCUUUACUGGUCGCGAAGUGGGUGUACCGGUUCGACGAAUGCGCGAGACCAACGCAAGGAGGGAGUAAACCCACGGGAUUAUAAUUAUAGAGAGUGCGUCGAAAGGGCAAGUGCGUCGAUGUGUGCGUUCGCGUGCGUGCGCGCGCGAGAGAAAACCGGCCAAAGAAUAUUCUUUCGCGGUUACGAGAAUGGUCAGCUUCAAGAGCAACAACGUGACCAGCGAGCAACCAACUUCGCAUUGUCAGGUGGCUGGAGUUCGGCGGGCCUCACCGAAUCAUUUUCACGAUCAUCGAUCUAGUCAUUCGCACAGACAUGAAGCGCUGUCGGUCGCGUAUCGUUCUCCAUCGUCCUUACGACCGUCGCUAUCACCUUCGCUACCAGCACCAUCGGCAUCAGCAGCAGCAGCAGCAUCGACGUCACCUCCGCCACCACCACCGCCACCGCCACCACCACCGUCGUCAUCACCGUCGAGCGUCGAUCCUACUACAACGGUGCAACGCGGUUGCGCCUUGCAUUCGAGGCUCGAACACCCGGUGACCACGUCGACCCCCGGGAUGGACGGCAAGAAGAUCGUGCAAGCUACAACGGCGGUCGUAGCGGUGGGCCAGGUGCGCAACAAAAACAACGAUGCCACGGGAUUGGCGGCUUCCGUUUCCGGAAUCCGUCGACGAAGCGGACCCCAAGGAUUGCGAUCGCCCGCCGCGAAAAGACCCUUAUCGGCGCCGGUUGCUCUGCAAGGCUGGCUACACAAGCAGGGUUCCGAAGGGCUCAUGCUUUGGAAGAAACGCUGGUUCGUCUUGUCGGAAUAUUGUCUCUUCUAUUACAAAGGUCCAGAGGAAGAGAAACUCCUGGGGUCGAUACUCCUGCCUUCGUAUAGGGUUACCGUUUGCAGACCCGAAGACAAGGUCAACAGGAAGUUCGCCUUCAAGGCUGAGCACGCGAACAUGAGGACUUACCACUUUGCUGCGGAGAACCGUGAAAGCAUGAAUCAAUGGGUGAACGCGCUCACUCUGGCGACCCUCCUGCAGGAUCCCAGUCCCGGAAGGGGCGAAGCUGCCGUGGUCAUAGAGAUAGCGGGACAACCGGAUGGCGAACGAAGCGCUAGACCAAGCGUAUCUUCGAUCUCUUCCGUAUUGAAUCAAAGUGCCGACGACAGCGAUUCCGGAUUUCACGGUUUUCUGUCUCGAGACGAUCCCAGUCACGCGUCCAACAACAAUUCCAGUCCUAACAGCGUCAACACUGCCUCUUUUCCGAAUCUUAGUGGGAGCAACGGUAACGGUAAUGCCGCUUCCAACGCUAACAACAACAACAAUCUAAAGGACGUUCAGCACGUACCCAAUGGUUGGCUACAACAGUCUCCUCAAUACGGUCAAUCAGGCUCGUCGCAACAUCAACACUCGCAGUACUGUUUCUCCGAACAUUCUGUUUCUCAGCAAAUACAACAAGGUCAUUCUCAUCAGCAUCAAGCGAUGCUGCAUCAGCCACAUCAGAAUGUCCCUCAGGUUUAUCAGCACAAGCACGUCGUUCAGCAGCAGCAGCAGCAGCAGCAGCAACAACAACAACAGCAGCAGCAGCAGCAACAGCAACAACAACAGCAGCAGCAACAACAACAACAACUGAUCAACGUGCAAGCUGUUCAAUCCACGCCUCGAAAAUUUGGCCAGCCCAUAUACGCCAACGCACCGCCGAAACCUAGGAGGCUAACCGACGGAUCCAACGAGUAUUCCACUCCCUCCCCUGAGCCAGGUUAUCGAAGAUCUCCUGUCUCGCCGGACGUUACCCUGACUAGCAAAAGUCCCAUAUCCGAUUACGACAGGAACAGCAUCAUUUAUGCCACCGGAAUGAGUCAACCGUCGCAACAAAGUUUAAGGACGGACAAGUCUGGUUUGAAUUACGGUUAUUGCCAAGUGCAAUCGACCGAAAGACGUACGCCUGACACUUACGGACGAAGCGCGAAGCCUAGACCGAACAGGGGAAACGGUGACUACGAGGAGGUCUACGGUAUACCUCAGCUUUAUCAGAGACCAGCCGGACCUGUUGUUGGAUAUACCAAGGGAAAUGCACCAGCUCCUAUACCUAUCCCGACUUACGCGCAACAUCAGCAGAUGCAUCAUCAACAACAGCAGCAGCAGCAGCAGCAGCAGCAGCAGCCACAAAUUCAUUCGCCAGUAACCCCGCCCAACGUUCCCAUAAUAAGACAACCAAUGGCCCAUCAACUACCACCGCCUCGACCUCACAGUGCCGAUUUUCUCGAGUACGAAGCAACAAGGCGACCUCAACAACAAAACCAUUCGCAAAACGAAGUUUCUUCGAGUCAACAGAAACGUCCCCAAAGGCCUAAGUCGAGUCUAGACAUAAUGAACCCAUCGGAUGCGACCAACGAUGGUUAUUAUUAUUCCGAAGAAAGAUACGCUGCGCAAAUGCGUCAAUCGGCGGUGUAUCUCCAUCAAACGCCUCAGCAUCAUCAACAACAAAGAAACCAAUCGCUGUCGCGAGCCACCGUGCCAUCAAAGAUAACGACGGUUCAUGACAGAAACGGCGACGUCAGAAUGAUGGCUACUUUGCCCGACUCUUCUUGUUCCACUUUUAGACAUCGUUUGCAACGAGAGCAUGCUCAUCCGCAUCAGCAUAAUAUACCUACUCAAACGUUGCAAAGACAUAACGAGUUGUCCAACAACGACGCAAAGCUGAGAAGAUCUUUACGCGAGAAGGUCUACGAGUCGAGUGCUCGCAAUGCAUCGACCCGCGAGCACGAAUCGUCGUUGAAUUGGAACAGAUCUUCCUCUCAUUCUAAUCACGGAGUUAACAUGGCACAGUCGUGUCAGUCCGCUCACAGUGGAGCCAAACGAUGGGUCGAACAGCAGCAGCAACAAUUUUAUAGAUCCGCGUCGGCACGUUUGCCAAGGUCCCGCCAUCCUGCCGCUUUGGACCAAGACGAGGAUGAUUACGGUGGAGGACGAUCUUCCGCGGAACAAGAUACUCGCGAUGGCGAACGGAAGAUUCAACAGCGAGAAGAGUCGAUGAAGCGUUUACUGGAGUGGAAACAACGUAUGCUACAAUCUCCCCUAACGCGGAAACCAUCGGGAUCGUUGAAUCGGAGCAGAGCGCAGAACGAGCUAUCGAAUUAUUAUAAACAGCAAGCUCUUCUAGACCUGGCAGCUCACGAAGCUUCGAUAACAGAGGCUCGUCAUUCGCGGAGAAAGGAGGACAGUCACAGGUCUCACGUUAGAAGUAAAAGUUCCGACGGUCGCAGAACCGUCACUUCUGUGUCACGUUACAACAGUUACUCGAGCGACGACGAAGAGAUGGGAGACGUUCGAAGAAAGCGAACGCGCAGACCCUCGCAUGCAGGAAGGAGCCCCCGGCAUGCCGGUGACGAUCGUUCGUCCACGUCGACUACCCAAGAGAACGGCAAAGCGAUCCAAGGAAGCGUACGUACGAACGUUCCAGCGAUUUCAUCGACGCAGUUGGGACAGACGAGUAUUCGAUCGGGCAACGAGAGCAAAGUACGUUUCAACGCCAAGACCGCCCCAGCGAGCCCUUCGAGUAUACCACCGGACGCCGGUUACGAGGAAAUAAGUUUCCCGCCGACGUCAAGGGAGACUCGUACGGACGCGUACUUGGUCGCGUCCGAAAACGUUCGAUGUGGUAAAACGGCGGAACGGCGCCUCGAACGUGGACAUUUCAACGAGGUUCAGCGCAAGCUGAAUCAGACGACGUUGUCGAAAAAGUCAAGUGGUAUAUUGAAGUCUUCUAGCAUAUACGAGAUCGAGGAACGAUCAACGGUAAAGGCCGCGACGGGCAACGUCGAAGGGAGUAGUAGCAAUCCGAACGAGUACGUGCCCGUGGACGCAUGGGCCUCCGUUCACAAGUGCGUUCAAUGGGAUUCCAACGGGGACAAGGACAAGGUGGAAUGGGGCGAUUCCAAUAUCGACGAGAGCAAACUCAUAAAGGAAUUCUCUUAUCAGUAUAUAAAACCCAAACAGGCCGAGCAAGGUUGCGGAAAAGCGGUGGACGAUCGGUUGUUAAAUAUGAUCGAAUCUGCGAAUCUCGUUCGAUCGAGGAUAAGAUCGUUCGAAUCGAACGCGGAAAACGGUAGUCCCGUAAAGGAGACGCUCACCAUGCAGGAGGCGUUGAAAGUUUCGCCCGUCGAGACGUCCGUCGAGGCGCACGUUUCGAGAUUGGACUCGUCGAGAAAGGCAUCGUCGAUCAUUCGCAGCUUCGCUUUGGGUGACAAUGCGAGAGGAGGCGACGAUUCCAACGUCUCCCCCGUGGGGAGGGACGGACACGCGAAGCAAGCAUCCACCGACAGCAACAAGUCGGUCAAAGAUCUCUUGGCGGAUUUCGAACGAAAGUCCCAACAGAUUCAUCGCAGAUUGGAGGAACGCGAGGAACGAUCGGAGGUCAGGCAUCGGGGAGUUUUCAGCGACACGGAAACCCUUCUCUACGACACGGGGAGCGACCUCGAUCAACGAGACAAGAGCGAGGAACGCGAGGAGGAACGACAACGGGCCGAGACGGAGCUGCUAGGGACGUUGCUCCCGGAUCGAUCGAACGAGCUGGAGGCGUAUUUGGGCACGUUGAAGAAGAAGAGAUCUCUGGGUCAGACGAGACAGAGGCGCGACGAAUCGCCUGGCGAUUCCGAGGAAGGACCGGAAGGCGGGGAGUCGUCGGCCCGGCGUCGAACCGACGGGAAUUCGUUUCGCGCCAAGAGAAUACGCGAAUCUGGCGUCGCGACCAAUACGGGAUAUCCGUUGGCGCACGAGGACGUUAGAUUUCCCGUCGAGGACGGCGACCGCGUCGUCACCGGAGGCGGUUCGUCGAGGCAAGAGGAUCUAAUCCCGGAAGAACAUUAUCUUCCGAUGUCUCCUAGAAAAGCUAUUUUGGAUCCGAACGAGGACGACAGGCCCAAUCCGAAAAUGAUGGAGAGUCUUUUCGCGAAUCUGGAGCACGAGGAGAGCUCGUACGUCGAGAUGGCGCAGAACAAUGGAACCCAUUCGCUCUUGGCUCCGAGCAAGGAGACUAACGACGAUCGGGAUUCCGGCGAUUACUCGACCUUGGACGCUUCGCACUACGAAUUCGUCUGCGUUUCCGACAGUAAGAUGGAACCGGUUUACAUGGAAGUGAGCCAGCUGUCGGAGAAGGAAGAUGGAAGGGAGGACGACGGGAUCUCGUCCAAGACGUUGAAGCUGCGAAAGAACGAGGAAAUCGGGCGCAACGGGACGAGAUCGGAUCUCCCGGACAUUCUGACGGCUCUGAAGUCCGACAGUUCCGACGCCGACGACGAGUCGUCCAAGGAUUUCGACUCGAUAGACGCACCGAGACACCCGCGAUUUAGCCUCUCGGACACCUUCCGACCUGCCUCCUAUUAUCUGGGCGCCAGUCGAACGAUGAUAGCCGAGUUGCACGAUUCCUCCGACAGCGAGCUCGUCUCCCCGCCUCCCAUCCCUACCUCGCCGCCACCGUUGGAGGACUUGGAUUCCUUGCAAGAGAUGCAAGAUCCGUUGGAGGUUAAGAAGGUUGCGUCGCCUCAGGUACCCGUAACCAAGGAAAGCGUCCCGAGCGUCGAUUCCCCGAAGUCGUGGAACAGGUCGGAUCACGGAGAGCGAGAUCAGAGAUCGCCGUCGAGGCUGUCCGAGAUGUCAGGGACCAUUAGUUCGACCUUUCGAGACAGCAGGAUGUCGUUGGAGAGCGCGAGCGGUAGCGAUUCGGUGUCGGUCGAGCUUAGAAGUCCGGAAGAGGAGGCGGCGAGGCACAGGCAACUGAAGAGGAGACCCGUCAGCGACGAGGUUUGCGAGGUUUUGGACAGUCUCGACGAAUUGGAAUCCAUCGGGAGUCGUUUCGAGCUCGACGGUACCAGCAUCGAUCUCGAUCGUUAUCUCGAGGAAUUGCAAGCGCGCGACGCCUUUAACGUGGACCUCUACGCUAAGGAUUUGAGUUACAACAGUAUUUAUGGUUUCAACGAGAACAUGUUGGUCGUCGACAAGCUACAAAAGACCACUUGUCAAGAUCUUUCGAGAAAAACGAAAACGUUCGAUUUCGGACAGCCCCUUCGUUACGACAACGGGAACAAGAUCGGCUCGGCCAGUAGCCUGCCGUCUAUGAGAGUUUGCGACGUACCACCUACGCCGUCCCACCAACACUCGCAGUCGUACACGGGUGACGCUCAUUACGAGAACGUAUCGAGUUUCUCUCCUUUGAGAAACUCGCCUAGCGCACGUUCGAACGCGAGCGAGCAGCGACGGUCGCGAGACGAUAGGGUUGCGCUCGCGGACGAGGACAGGCCGACGGAGUCACGCCACAGCAGAGACUCGAGUUGCUCGUUGACCGGUCAGAGAGCCGUCGACGGGCGAUCCUCUUCGACUCGCUCGAUCGCCUUCGAGUCCCCCUCUCGAACGCGUUCCCCUGGAAACGAUCUCGUCCAAAGCCCAUCGCGGACGGCCGAUAACACUCCGCCGUACGGCGAGCAAAAGUCGUCGAAUCGUUAUCCAAACGUUCCGACCGAUCACAGAUCGCCUACUAUCCCCGAUCACGUACAACCUCCGUCUCCGACGGCGACGCCGCCGCCGCCGCCGCCGCCGCCGCCGCUGCCGCCGCCGACGACGACGACGACGACGACGUCGAUUAAAUCCAAUUCCUAUUUAUCGUAUCUGAACGGUCCCGAGCAACGCGUUCAAGGCGAACAGCCAGGAGCGCCGUACUAUUACUCGGACCUUCGCGGCAGCGUAGGUAACAGCAACAGCAACAACGAGAAACCGUCUAUCCUUCACGGUGGUCACGUCUCGAGGCUACCGCAGUUGAAUAACCAAAGAGACGAUGCGUCGGCAAUGAACAAGAGGAACGACAUCGGUCGUAUAGUGAAUCCGAUAGCCAGGCAAGUGCCCAGACAGAUUCAAGUCGAAGGUAUCGACGAGGCUAGACGCAUAGCCGCGGAACUGAGGAAAAGCACGUGUCGCUUGUUGAACGACAACAAAGUCGACUUGGUGGAUAAAAGAAAUUUCUACGAAGCCGAUACCCUUCGAAGGGUGAAAUCGAACGAUCCUCUACCGGACUUGUCCUUGCCGGAGGUUAGUACGAGGAAUCUCUAUCCCCACGGUUUGCGGGAUAAGAGCGGCGGGGCCCGUUCGAACGCGACCGACGACGCGCCGUCGGACGAGACGCCUCUCCACGUUCAAGCUUCGCAUCGAAGGUCUAGAUCGUUGGAGGGACUUUUGGACGACGUUGGCCUUCAGAAUCUGGUCGAACAAAGAAACCGGGCGAACCGUUUGUUAGCCUUGUCGACUAGGCAAGCCGAGGAACGUGCGCGAAACGUUUCCACUCCCGUAGACGAUUGCUCGCAAGAUGCUACUUUGAACGAUUUCAACGUUUUGGAUCCUUGGGAACAGGACUCCCUUUGGCGCGAGAAUCUUCGUAGGGCGAGUUUACGGAAUGCCAGAUCGUUGGACAACUUGGAGAAUCAGGACGCUAGAUCGCCGGCGGCAGGUUCCUCUUCCUGUUCCGAUGGCAAAACUCGUCCCAAGAUCACGCGAGGUGCGACUUACGUGAACGACAGCGUAGCGAUGCGAAACGACAACGAUUCUUCGUCGACUUUGGACAGACCGCGAGUCAAGCGAAGAAUCAACAACAAGUCCGAAGAGCUUGCCGUUCUCGAGACUCGCGAACCGACGAAUCCUCCUCUCGACGAUGCUUACGACUCUUACGACGCUUGGAAUUCUCGGAACGCGCAAGUAUAUCGAAAGGAAUGUCCCGUUACCGAGGAGCAAGACGGUCAUUUUUUAGCGGAAGGCAACCUUCCCUCGACGAGAGCAACGGCGGGGGACCUGCGUCCUUCGGGGGCUUGUCGCGCGGCGAGUCGCGUCGCGAAUUCCGCCACGAGUUCAGCCUCGUUCGAGUUAGAUCGCGAAAAGUUGCGACAAUGGGACCUACUGUCGAGCGCCUGCUUGCUCCAGGAACAGCAACAAAGUACUACGACGACAGUGGGGUCGGGGCGAGGGUUGCCAACUGCCGAUCGGCUCGGACGCGUCAUCGAUUCGAAGAACGUGCCCGUGACUACUAUCGUUUCGGCGACGACGACGACGACGACGACGACGACGACGACGACGACGACGACGACGACGACGACGACGACGACGACGACGACGACGACGACGACGACGACCGCGACGCCCACGACGACGAACGACAAUAUCGGCGACGCGAUCAUCGCGGAGGCAUUGAAGAUUACGAUAUCGGAAAAGAUCGAUAAUAAGAGCGAUCCAACGUCGUUUCUCAACGAACGUCAUCGAAGUUCGACGGCUUCCUUGGAGGCAUCAAAAAGACGAGAAGCGAUCGAGACGAAAGACUCGCGUAACCGGGCUGCAGCAUCCGGAUCUGGAUCGGUAAUAGGAAGAGAUCCACUUCCGCCGAGAGCAGUUAGCACGUCUCAUUUGCCCGAAAGAACUCUGACUCAGCCACCAGCUGUGGAAUCAACGUUGUCAUCGACUUUACCAUUGCCGCGAAACACCGGUGGUCAUCGUCAGCAACAUCUCCCUAUUCAUCGAUCGAGCCCGCAAGAGCAGCAGCAUCAGCAACAACAACAGCAGCAACAGCAGCAGCAGCAGCAAGAACAACAACAAGUGCAGCAGCAACAACAACGACUGCAGGCAGAAUCAAAAAUUUUACGGGCCUCCAGUAACGGGGAUAUCGGAACUAGCCUAGCACAAAUCAGCAACAAUGAGAUGAGAAAUCUAAAAAUGUCAUCACCGAAUGGUCAUCCGACCCAGAGACUGCACUCGUCCAGCGGACAUUUGAGAGUAAUGGAUUUGAGCGAUCAUCGAAUUUCGAGCGAUAACGAGAUUCAAGUUCACAGUCCGAUCGAAAGAAAAGUCAUCGGCCCGAUUGGUAUGGACGUGGAUCGAGGUGGAGGCGGUGGUAGUGGGGUAAACAUCAGAGGGAAUCAACGGAUACGCGAGAGCACGGAACUACUUCACAAAAGGAGCAACGUUAAUUUGGCCCACCAAAGGAUAACAGCUAGUGGUUCACCGACAGCACCGACGGCAACGGCGACGGCGACGGCGACGGCGACGGCGACGGCAACGGCAACGGCGACGGCGACGCCAACGUCAACGUCGACGUCGGCGUCGACGCCGACGCCGACGAUCACGCCAACACCAACUCCAACUCCAACGUUAACUCCAACGCUAACACCCACACAGAUUGGAACGAAUGAUCUUGUUCGGGUCUCUGCUGGUGAACUCCUCGGAAGGACGCACGAAGAACUGGUUCUGUUGCUUAUUCAACUACGUAGGCAGAACGCGACCCUUCUCAAGGCCAUGGACAAUUGUAACAUGGAAAUUGAGGCUCAGGCAAGAUUGACAGAUUUGGACACACCAAGGCGUUUGGAGAAUCUUCAAAAACUCGAAGAGUUAAAGAGACACCUAAUGGAUCUUGAAAAACAGUACGAGAAAGGGAAGCCUCUGAUAAAUCUCGUCGACAACAUGGUCAAGCUCGGCUCUUUAUACAAUCGUAAUACUGCCAAUGGAAGUAGCAGCAUAACCGCUUCUCGUAACGAUUUAUUCCAAGAGAACACGAAAAAUCAUCGCGAUCGUUUGGAAUUUAAUCAAAGAGUACAAGAGCAACGUUUGCUGGCUGAAGAACGCAGAGAUUGGAAUAGACUCAGUCCGGAUCAUGGACAAUUGCAGGCCAAGGUGCAGCAGUUGUACAAACUGGACCGAUUACUCCAAGAAGAGUCAGGUACCCUUCAUAGCCUUCAGCAGGACAAGGAGAUUCUAGAAAAAGCUCUCGGAGGCUUGCGAGACAAAUUGCAAGGCAGCAGAAGCAACUUGAUUGAAGCAGAACGCUACAGAAAGCAACAACUUUUAUUGGAACGCGAAUUGAGCAGAGUCAGAGUACUGUUGGCACACAAUUCCAAGGUAAAGCCGGUAUUCUCAGGUCAGAAACUGGAAGAGACUGUAGCGGAAAAUGCCAGAUUGGAGCAAGAUUUGGUAGUCCUAAGGCAAAAAUUGCAAGCCUCUAGAAGAUACGCUGGUAAUAUGACUAGAGACCCAUCGGGUACAACGGCUCCUUUGGAAACGGAAUUGAGAAGAGUUCAACAAUUGGUCGGUGAUCUUCAAAGGCAAAGAAAAGAGCUCAGUGUUCAGGUUCAGCAGCUAACCGAAAAGUCUCAUAGUUUGGUACAACAAAUUCGGCCACAAUCAUCUCCUGCUCCGCCUGUUCAUCAUUCAAAGAAACGCACUCAAAACUCUUGGUUGGAAACCGAUUUAGAUUCCGGGAUUACUCUCGAUCAUGGCCUUGGCUCACCGGUGAGCCCGUCGCUAUUAUCCUCGGCACAUGGAAAACAAAGCUUGGAGAGCCCUUAUCGUCGAUACGCGUCACCAACGCAACACAAGAAGUCACCUUCGCCAAAUCGGCAACACGUCGAACAACCAUCUCUACAAAGCUCGCAUAACCAUAUCUCGACCUUGUCACCCCAGUUACGGGAACAAAUACAGCAGCAUCAAUUGAAGCAACAAUUGUUGAAGGAUCAAAUGCAGGGGAAGGGCAGUUUGAUGCAGAUUAAUGUUUCCCCGUUGUACGUCAAUACCGAGCCAAGAAUUCAAGAUACGAGCAGAAGCAACGAGAACGGCGUGAACCAAACAAACGGUGGACCGAACGUUUUGCCGGAAUACAUUCCACCACCGCCGAUUCAUCCUUUUAACGAAGAAACUUCUUUAACGAACGACAAUUACAAGCAAAAUGAAGAUAACAAAUUUGCAGGCUUGUUGCACAAUCGAGAGAAGCAAGAAAUAAAGACCGUCAGGAUCGUUAAACGGGAAUCCGAGAGACGUCAGAGAGAUCGAGGAGAUAGAACUGGUAAUAUUGGAAUUCCAUUAACGAACGGACUUCAGGCGCCAGGCGGGGCGAAAAGGUUGUCCGACGAUGACGUUGCUGGUACACAGAAAUUCGAAAAAGCCCAGUUGGGUAAAGUCGUUGAAGAAGCACCGAUCGUUCACGCUCAAAGUACCGUACACCUGACCGAGCUCGACGACGUACAAUUCCAAAGAAGCAUGUCUCUUCCACGAGGAUUUGGUGGUCAGCGACAUCAGCCGAGUGUUCAUCAUGUUCCUGUUGCUCCACCACCUCGCAGCGACAGCAUGCAUGCUCUUAGAACGAUCAUGAUGCGAAGACACAAAGUUAAGUUUGAAAAUCACGACGGAAGCUCCGAUAGCACAUUGUCACCGUACAUCGAUAGCCCUACGUCGAGUUCGCAGAUGCCAAUUAGCUCGUCAAACUACUCCACGAGUCCACCUUACAGUCCAAGCCAUCAGAAUUAUCAUUCUGGACAAUCGACAUCGAGGGGAUUCAAUCAACAACAACAACAACAACAACGAUACUACUCGCCGCAUCCGCAGUACGGACAAUACGAGAAUUCUACGUCAUUCGCGAAAAACUCAAUAGCAUUGAGCCCAGAACCGGUCUCUCUUAACAAUCUCGGUGGCGUACCUCCAGACAGACCGACAUUUGGGUCGAUCGUUAAUGCGAAUAGCGCCUCGGAUUCCCCACAAUUGUCGCCAGUGUUCAAGAGCGAGGCUGCAAAGCAGAUCAUUAAAGAGAUGACUGAGAGAAAAGUCGACGGACCCAGAAGAAGACAGGUUCCUAAAGAAAAGAGAAGACACUACACCGUUUCUAGUAGCAAACCCGUUCUAGAUCUCGAGGACAGCUUCUCCAGGAUGGGCAUGGGUAGAGCAAGAGACGACUUGGACAUGGAACAAGCUCUCAGACCUAGGAUCAAUGCUCCGGACGUCGUAAGAUCGACUUUGAGUCACAAAGAGCUGAAAUAUAAUGAGAGUACGAUCGAUCAACUGUUGGGUACUCCGAAUAAGAUCGUCAUUCCUGAACGUUAUAUUCCUGAACAGACGCCAGAAUUAACGGCGGAAGAACAAGAGCAUCGUUUGAAGAAAGCGGAGGCCAUAAGGAAGAUGCUUUCUGAAACGACUGUCACUGCACCCGAUGGAACUGACGACGACAUCGACCUCGAUAAGUCGGACACGUUGAAAAGAAAAGUAGUCGAGGAGAAACGACAGAGAGAACACAUUCUUCAACUCAAUCAAAUUCUUGCGAAGCAAGUGAUGGAGAAAAGUAAAAUGGUGGCCGCUUUGUACGUCGUUCGUUCGUUGCUUUCACAGCGUGAAUCUUCCAAAAAUGAUCGUUCGUCGAUCACUGACCGGAUCUUUUUGUCGUCGACAGUCAAGGCACUGGCUACGCUUCCAUUGAAGACUGAGUCGAGUAUAGACGACGAAGACCUCUCACCCGUCACGCCGUUGCCCCUCUAUCAGCAAAGAGAAAACUAUUACUCCUAAACGCAUCUGGGUGAAAAAUCUGGAUAUAUCGUUUCUUUAUGCUCGCAACGGUAAAGCAAAUGGAGAAUUUUUGCUCGUGAAUGAAGAGGAGAAAAAAAAAGAGGAAGUGAAUGAAAGAAAGAAGAAGAAAAAGAAGAUGUAGAGGAAACAGAUGCACAAUCAUUAUACUACUGCCAAUGAAACGCGCGAAACGAAGAAAGAACAUCGUUACGAUGGAAAUUAUGAGAAAAUACAAUACAUAAAAAGGGAAAAGAAAACUAAUGGCUGAGCGAGAUCGUGCGACGAUCGAAUGAAAUGUGCUUUCUAUCUUUUUCUUUUUUUUUCUAUGUUUUGAUUUAUUUCUUUAAUUAUAUUAAUAUAGAAAAUGAUCGUGUCGAUGUACGAAACACCAUUGAAAUAUGUAAUUUAGAAUAUCGAUAUGGGACCGCGGCGAAAUAAUAGCUAUGAAAUAAAUAAGGGAAAAAUAAUAAGAUGCGUACGUCGAACGAGCUUUUCGGCGAGCUUAGAUAAUUAGCAAUAAUCGUAGAUAUUAAGGUACAAUAAUCGCACAACGUUCUUCUCUUUGGGAAUAAAUCGGAAAGAGACAUUUGUAGUUGCCAUAAAAAUAUAUACUCGUAUAUUGAAUUUCACGUGAGAUUCUUCAAUGAGGAAAAUGUUUCAUUUCGAAUCGAACAUCGUUGCGUUCGUUCAUAUCUACCCCACCCUCGAAUCGAUCGUACAAAUCGAAUUGAUUUUUUCGUUUGCGACAGAGCACUUAGUAUAAUUAAAAAUAAUAUUCCAAGAAAAAGAAACCGAUAAAACGGAGUGCCAAAAGUCAGUGCGAUUAAAGCGCGGGUGCUACGACACUAUAGUCAAUUACAGAUGAAUCGUAAUUGCGUUAGCGCAGAAACAAAAAAUCAUUGGCGAAGACAUUUGAAUAAUAAAAAAAAACAUAUGUCGAGCCUCCCUCUGCCAAGGUUCUUUUUAUAAGCGCGUUACUGUAAUACUGUGUGUGUGUGUGUGUGUGUGCGUGUGCGUGCGCGUGCGCGCGCAUAGAGAGAUACAUUAUCUAUAAAUACAUAUAGACGCAUACACUUUUUCUGUGCGAACAGAAAUGUAUUAUUAUUACGCGACUGUACAUAAGAUGAUUAAUAGAUACGCAAGUGCGUAGGAAAAAUAAGAAAGAUAAGAAAAGAAAGGCCCCUUGGAAAGUACGGCCCUAAAUUUGGAAAAAAGAACAAAAAGAUGUUCCUUCGUCGAUGUGCUGACCUUCCGUCGACGUUGACGGAUAUUCGCGAGUUUUAUCGUCUGGUUAAAUGACACUUUAACAGAUACAUGCAUAUGUUAAAUCGACGGGUGCGCGACUUCUUAUGUUACGUAUGUAUUACACGUAAGGUAGCCGAGAUCCUUAUCGUUGGACUCGUUAAAUAGUCAUUGCGUCAAACGCGGUAUACGAGAAGCGAAACAUGUGUAUCUAAUUACCGUGACCGCAAAAAAAAAAAAACAAAUCACUGUUAUUGUUAUAUCGAUGAAAUAAAAUUAAUACGAUGAACAACUUA